AUGUAUGGGCUCUUGGGCCCGGAGGGAUCAGCUGUUGCCUAUCUCCCUGGUUUUGGCGCGCCGCGCCGCGACGCCGACGCCGAGCAGAAGCGCCUCGCGGAUUCCCGCGCCGCUGCUCGCGAGGCUGCCCUCGCCGAGGCUCAGGCCACCGAGGAGGAGGCCGCUGCUGCCUCCAACGACUGCGAUGCCGCCGCCGAGCGCGUCCGUGCUGCUCUAGCACGGGUGGCCAAAGCCCGGGCCGAUGCCGCCGCCGCGGCAGAUCCCAUCGACCCAGUCGCCGCCGCGGCGGAUCCCAUCGACCCGGCUCCUGGGGACGGCCUGGACAUUUCUCACGCCAUGGCUCUCCACGAGGCAGCCGCCAUCCUCAAUCUCCACACCCAGGCUGUCUCCUUCCAGAACGCCCGCAGUCUGGUGCAGGUCACCCUCGACACCUCCUCCGGCAAUUACUCGCGGUGGCGCGAGCAGUUCCUCCUCGCCGUCACGAAGUACUCGCUGCAAGAUCACAUCUACAGCGACCACGCCACCUCGGCCCUUCCUGACUGGACUCAGAUGAACGCAGUUGUCAAAUCAUGGCUCUACAGCACGAUCUCCUCUAAUCUCGCUGAGGCCGUGAUUGAACACCGCGCCACCGCCCAUGAAGCCUGGCUCGCCAUCGAGGGUCACUUCCUCGGUAACCAGGAGACCCGCGCCCUCCACCUCGACGCCAAGUUUCGCCGCUUCAAGAAGAUGGCCGACGACCUCGCUGACCUCGGCGAACACGUGACUGACCGCACACUGGUCCUCAACGUGAUUCGCGGGCUCAACGAGCGCUACAAGGACAUCGGCGUUCAUCUCCGGCGCGGGCGCCCCUUCCCCUCCUUCGCCGCCGUCCGCAAUGAGCUCCUCCUCGAGGAGAUCAACAUGGUCCAGCACCCUGUUGCCCCCUCCACCGCCCUCGUCGCCACGGGCUCCUCCGCACCUUGCCAGCCCGCGCCGACCGAUGGCGGCGCUCCUCAGACCGGCGCCCCCAAGCAGAACAAGAAGAAGAAGCAGAAGGACCGCCGCACCCGUUCAGGCGGCACCUCUGCCCCUGGCGGCGGCGGUUCCUCUGGCGGCCCCUCCUCCACGCCCGGGGCGUCCGCUGGGUCCGGCGGGACCUGGCCCUCCUCCUACAAUCCAUGGACCGGGUCCAUCCAGAUGUGGCCCGGCCCCCGGACGCCUCCCCUGGCCCAGCUUCCCCAGGGACGCACCGGCCCACAACAGCAGCAGGCGCUGCUGGCUCUUCAGGGGGGCCAACAGCUUCCCCAGGCGGCCCAGCAGCUCCCCCACCAGCAGGCCUUCCUGCCGGCCUACGGAGCUCCUGUCCAGCCCAUGUUCAAGCCGCAGCAGCCGGCGCCGUCGGCCUGGCCCUCCCAGGCACCGUACUAG